CGGCAUUGGUGGCGUCCACAAUUUUUUCGCAACGCGGAAUAUUGUCGUUCCACGUGGCUGUGUGUGCAGAGUUUUGGCGGUUGUCGUGGGUUCGCUGUCGUGGAUGGAAGAGGCGUUAGGGAUGGUUGUUGACGGCGGUGUCCGGGGUGGUGCAUUGACGACAGAUGAGAGGACGGCUAUCGCUGCAACUGUCAAUGUCGUUCUCUAUCGUUGUGAAGUGGAGAGAACCGCAGGGAAGAUUAAAGCAGCUGCUCGAGCGCGACGGAAGGUGACGGCGCUGCCGAGCAGCGGUGAAGGCUUGGACUUGGGUGCAGUUUCCGACGCCAUCCUCCAGGUGUGUUACGCGAUGGGGAGCGGCGCAUUCCCGAGGGUGACUCCACGUUGGUGGAUGAAGCGGCGGACGGGAGGCACUUGGGAGGACCUGCGGCAAUGCGACGACACCAACGACAAGUACUUUAGAAACAAGCUCCGAAUGUCGCCACGUGUCUUCCGCGAAAUCGCUGAAACGCUCUCUCCAUACCUGCAACGACGUGUGACGUCUUACAAGGUGUCUUUGCAGCCUAACCACAUCGUGGCGUACGCUCUCUAUAGGUGGGCGUCGGGUGAGACAUACGACAGCAGAACGUGCAGCUUCGGCAUUGGGAGGGCUUCUGGCAUCACGGCGGUGCGAGACAAGGCGGUCGUGUUGGGCGCGUUUGCAGACAAGGGCUUUCCAAAUUGCCAUGGGUGCAUCGACUGCACCCACAUCUACGUCGACAAACCGGCCAACGCAAACGGGGAGGACUACUGUGAUUGGAAGAGGCGAUUCUUUGUGCAGGCGCAGGUUGUGGUCGACAUGAAUUUGCGUGUACUGGACGUCUUCGUGGGUUACCCUGGCAGCGUGCAUGACAUGAGGAUGUUACAUCUGUCCAGUUUGUGGGAGCGCGCGGAGUCUGGACAACUUUUCACUGGCCCGCAUGUCAUGCUGCCAUUCGUUGUCCGAACGAAUGGAUACUUGCUCGGCGACAACGGCUAUCCCCAGUCGGAAUGGAUUGUCGUCCCUUAUGGUGGUCUCGCGCAACCCCCUGUUGAGGCACGGUUCGACAACAAGCAGAAAACAGCGAGGGGAGCGGUGGAGAGGGCGUUUGGAAGAUUGAAGGGCAUGUGGAGGUUGUUCCUGGGCACGCACAAGUGCAACAUGGACACGUUGCCACAACAGUUCAUCGCUGUGUGCAUCCUCCACAACAUAUUGAUCGACGCUGGCAUUCCCUUCGAUGACAAUCUUCUGUGGGAGGUCGGACCGGAUGGCGUCCAAUGCAGAGUGGAUCCCGGUAUGCAUGCUCCGCUGCGUCCUGUUUGCAUGGAGUCGUCAACCGGUGACGCGCUGAUUCUGAGGGAUGCGUUGGCGGAGAGGAUGGGUGCGCAGUGAGGAUGGGUGGUUGUGGAAGUGGAGAGUCGAAGAGGGUCGAAAUGCGGCUAGA